UUUCGGCCACGGAGAUACCAGCGCCGAUGCCAAAUCCAAUCUCCCAGGAGUUGCACGCUCGGGGUGCAUGGCGGGGGCGCAGAGGGCGAGGCUGCAAGAAGCCUCCUGGACGUCAGUGCUGGAUCCUCACCGCGACCCUUUGGCUGCCUGCCUUUGCCGCCCCGCGUGCUGCCGAGCGGUCUGGCCGGCACGGCCGUUUGGCGUCCGCCCGACGCCCCGCACGGCUCGGCUCGCAGCGGGGCAGGGGGGUGACACCAGCUGGGGCGCUCCACGGCAUCAGCCCUGCGAAAAGGUGCCCCUCGAGGGGGGGGAAGUAGAGGAGGACGGUUGGGAGCAGAAAAGGAGGAGGAGGCAGGGGAGGAAAGGGGGGAGGGCAGGAGAGGAGGGGCUGGCGAGGUGGCAGGGCCGAAGGGGCCCGUUCAAAAAGUUGAGGCCCGCAGGCCGCUACAACAGAUCCGAGAGGAGGGCCGGGAACCCGGCCCUCGAAAAAAAAAGAGAGCGAACAGCGCGUGGCGGGGCUGACAUGGGCGAGGAGGACAGAUGGGAGGAGAUGUGGGGAGGCCGGGACCAAACAGGGAGACGGACUGGAAGAAUGACGGCGCCGGAAUUCUGGGCUGGUCGGCGUCUAGUGCGCGGUCUCCGGCCGCGGGCCGGGAGGCGCAGGGCGAGGGCGCCCGCUGCAGGGCCGAGCGGGUCCGCGCGCCCACGGCCGCGUUGACGGGCGGCGCGUGUAACGGCGCUGGGGAACUCGCAGAAGGGAGUAGCGGAGGCCGCCUUGGGUAGGAUAGCACCUGGC